ACAACCUUCAUUCCGCCCUACUGUACUUAAUUGCUUUCCAACAUGUGCAAAACACCUCUACAUGACUUCCUUGCGGAUCUCCCAAAAUGCGAACAUCAUCUUCACCUGGAAGGUUGUCUCAGUCCAAGCCUCUUGUUCACACUGGCUGCAAAGAACAACAUCUCUUUGCCAACAGCAGACGAAGAUGCAACGUACGCGUCUCCAGAAACUCUGAACGAGCGCUACUCGCAUUUCACCAACUUGGACGACUUCCUUCAGUAUUACUACCGCGGCAUACAGGUCCUUGUCCACCAAGAGGACUUUGAGAUGCUAGCGUGGGAGUACUUCACGACGGCGAAAAGAGACGGAGUCCACCAUGCAGAAGUCUUCUUUGAUCCACAAAGCCAUACGGAGAGGGGAGUUUCAUUUGACCUGGUGGUUGAGGGAUUCAAUGCUGCGAGAGCGCGUGCAAAGAAAGAGCUGGGGAUUACGAGUCGGUUGAUCAUGUGUUUCCUCCGGCAUAUGCCUGUUCAGUCUGCGGCGGAAACCAUGGUUGCAGCUGUUGCAGGUGGCCACUUUGAUGUCAAGGAAGGCAACAAAGAGAGGGCUAUUGCUGGACUCGGCCUGGAUUCUUCAGAGGUCGGGUUCCGUCCAGAAUUGUUUGUUGAUCAGUUCCGUGAGGGCAAGGAACGGGGUUUGCACAGGACAGCGCAUGCGGGAGAAGAGGGCGACCCGUCGUACAUUAGUGGCGCACUCGACACAUUGCACACUGAGCGCAUCGACCAUGGAAUCCGGCUCAUUGAAGAUUCAGAGCUCCUUGGCCGAGUAGUGCAGAAUAAGGUGCUCUUGACCGUCUGUCCGUUGAGUAAUGUUUGCCUACAAGCUGUGAAGCAUGUCAGCGAGGUACCCAUAAAGACGUUUCUGGACGCUGGUGUCAUGUUCAGCAUCAACAGCGACGAUCCUGCGUACUUUGGCGGCUACAUAUUGAGCAACUAUUGCGCUGUACAGGAAGCUUUUGACCUAAGCAUGGACGAGUGGAAGACAGUGGCUAAGAAUUCGAUUCACAGUAGCUGGCUUGGAGAGGGGAGGAAGACUGAAUUGCUUGCUACUCUUGACGCUUGCAUGAGCAAGUAUGCUGGCAAUUCGACUCUGUCUAUGUAGUCAAACCUAUGAAUUUGGAAAGGCGCAUUACAUGCAAUCAACAAGAUGCAUGUUCGGCUAGAGCUAGCGGAUGUGCUGAUGAGUCGUCCGUGUUCCAGUGUUCAGA